AUGAGACGGUCUAUUUUGCUCUUCGCGGCCACUGCUGCUGCCCUCGUCACCCCGAACGAGCCCGGUAAGCAGCAAGUCGCUCUAUCCGAGAACCACCAACACGAAAAGGCCACCAACGACCACCAUAAUGUGAUCCAGGCCUGGUGGGAUGCUCUUCCGGACGGUGGCAAACUGCUCUCCCCUCUCGAAGACCGUAUCAGCAAGAGCGAGGAGCAUGGCAACACCUUUGACCGCUUCAUGUCCCGGGUGAACUCUCUUGUGGACGAGGCGGAUUUCUUCCCUCCGCGGCCACCUCAUCAUCCUCACCCACCGGGCGGGGGACACGGCCAUCACGGCCAUCACGGCGACCCGGAGAAAACACUCUACGAGCUGAUCAAGGAGAGCAAGCACACGACCAAGUUCGCCAAGCUGAUCGAGGAACACGACGAGAUCAAGCAGCUGCUCCAAGACACCGAGCAUAACUACACCGUGUUUGUCCCGACGGACCGUGCCUUUAAGCAUCUGCCGCAUCACGGCAAGCACGGAAAACACGGUGAUGACGGCGAUGACGAUGACAAGCACCACCACCACAAACCCAGCAAAGAAUUCAUCACCGCCCUCCUCAAGUACCACAUCGUCCCGGGUCUCUUCUCCUCCCACCGCAUCCACGCCACCGGCACCAUCCCCACCACACUUCACAUCACCUCCCUCGAACCCUCUUCACUCUCUCCCUCAUCUUCCCAACGCAUCCGCGCCUUCACCACCCCCCUAAUCCACUUCACCCGCCUCAACUUCUUCACCCGCCUGGGCCCCACCGACUUCCUCGCCUCCAACGGCCUCCUCCACGCCAUCGACACCCUUUUAAUCCCCCCGCCCUCCCAAACCGACAUCAUCCGCCUCCUCCCAAGCCAAUUCAGCACGCUUGGUCUAGCGCUCGAGUCGACGGGCCUGGGUGAGGAGUUAGCGAGCCUGCCGCGAUCGGGGGGAGGGACUUUCUUUGCGCCGACCAAUGCGGCGUGGAAUAAGUUGGGGCCGAGGGCGAAUGCGUUUUUGUUUUCGGAGCGGGGGAGGGGGUAUUUGAAGGCGUUGGUGAAGUAUCAUGUUGUGGUUAAUGAGACGUUGUAUUCGGAUGCGUUUUAUCGCGGGGAUGGGGGGAAGCAUGGUGAGGGUGAGGAUGAGAAUGAAGGCGGCAGUGAUAAGGUUAGUCUCGGGGGUGGCCGUCGUGGUGGUCGUCAUCAUGGUGGUGGCCAGGAUAGGUACCGCCAUGUGGACCUCCCGAGUCUGUUGGACGGCAAGCCGAUUAGUGUUGAUGUCAAGCGGUGGAAGGGGUUUGUGUCGAUUGUGGCGAACGGGUUUUCCAAGGUGCAGGUGCGGGAUGCGGUCGCAGAUGAUGGUGUCUUGCAGGUGGUUGGCAAUGUGCUGAUUCCGCCGCAUGGUCAUGAUCAUGGUGGCCAUGAAGGUAGUGAAGAUGCAGAGGUGAGCGUGGAGGAGUUGAAGAGCCGGUUGGGCCCGUACUUGGAAGAGGAGGAUGAGGAGAAGACGGACGGUCGCCAGGAGGAGCUUGGAGAUUUGUAA